GGGCUUUACAUAUGACGUUUCCGAAUUGAACGAAAAACAAUCAUCUUCGUGUAUUUGCGAACAUGGCGCGCGGAAGUAGUGCUGGUUUUGACAGGCAUAUUACGAUCUUUUCACCCGAAGGUCGGCUUUACCAAGUAGAAUACGCUUUCAAAGCGAUCAACCAGGGUGGUUUGACAUCUGUAGCUGUCAAAGGAGUCGACACUGCUGUUUUCGCAACACAGAAGAAAGUACCUGAUAAGUUACUCGAUGCCUCCAGUGUCACCCAUGUAUUUCAAUUAACUGAUUAUAUCGGUUGUGUUAUGACGGGUAUGAUAGCCGAUAGUAAAUCACAAGUACAACGUGCUCGGUACGAAGCAGCUCAUUUUAAAUACAAGUAUGGUUAUGAGAUACCCAUAGAUGCUUUGUGUCAACGUGUAGCCGAUAUUAGUCAAGUGUACACACAAAAUGCAGAGAUGCGACCUCUUGGAUGUUCCAUGAUGCUUAUUGCUUACGACAAGGAAAAGGGUCCAUGCAUUUAUAAAGCUGAUCCGGCAGGAUAUUUCUGUGGUUAUAGAGCUAUUUCUGUAGGAGCGAAACAAACCGAAGCCAAUUCCUAUCUCGAAAAGAAAUUGAAAAAGAAACAAAGUUAUGAUUUGGAUGAAACUAUUCAACUAGCUAUUACUUGUCUGUCUACUGUUUUAUCUGUGGAUUUUAAACCAACUGAAAUUGAGGUGGGAGUUGUAUCCAAGGAUAACCCUAAAUUCCGUGUUCUGAAUGAGCAAGAGAUUGACAAACAUUUAACUACGAUUGCUGAGAAAGAUUGAUAAUCUUGUAUGCAAUUCAUUUAAUAAUAAAUAUACAAUUCAGUAUAAUAAAUAUGUUUUGCUUAAUACA